CGGGGGCUCUAGUGAACAGCGCAGCCGGACAGGGAUCGCCGGCAGGCGGUGAGCGGAGGCAGCCGGGUCCCGGCGUUCCCCGAGAUGUCACGAUGGCUGUGGCCAUGGUCGAACUGUGUGAAAGAACGGGUCUGCCGCUACUUGCUACACCACUACUUGGGUCACUUCUUCCAAGAACAUCUGAGCCUGGACCAACUCAGCCUGGAUCUGUACAAGGGCAGCGUUGCCCUGCGGGAUAUCCACCUGGAGAACUGGUCUGUGAACGAGGUGCUGGAGUCGAUGGAUUCACCGCUGGAGCUGGUGGAAGGCUUUGUGGGCUCCAUCGAGGUGGCUGUGCCCUGGGCUGCGCUACUCACUGACCACUGCACGGUGCGUGUGUCGGGCCUCCAGCUCACCCUGCAGCCCCGCCAAAGCCCAGGGCCAGGGGCUGCUGACUCGCAGAGCUGGGCUUCCUGCAUGACCACAAGCCUGCAGCUGGCUCAGGAGUGUCUUCGGAAUGGGCUUCCCGAGCCCUCAGAGCCUCCACAGCCCCUAGAGGGGCUGGAAAUGUUUGCCCAGACCAUCGAGACAGUGCUGCGGAGGAUCAAGGUGACCUUUCUGGACAGUGUGGUGAGGAUAGAGCACUCUCCGGGCGAUGGGGAGCAUGGCGUGGCCAUGGAGAUCCACGUGCAGAGACUGGAGUACUGUGACGAGUCUGUGCGAGAUCCAGGCCAGGCACCUCCGGUGGACGUGCACCAGCCACCCGCCUUCCUACACAAGAUGCUGCAGUUGGCGGGGGUCCGCCUGUACUUCGAAGAGCUCCCCUCACAGGCAGAGCCACCAGAGCCUCCCUUGCAGAUUGGCAGCUGUUCGGGGUACAUGGAGCUAAUAGUGAAGCUGAAGCAGAACGAGGCCUUUCCAGGACCUAAGCUGGAGGUGGCGGGGCAGCUGGGCUCCCUGCACCUGCUCCUGACCCCACAGAGGCUCCAGCAGCUCCAGGACCUGCUCAGUGCCAUCAGUCUCACAGCCCCAGAAGGCCUUGCUGACAAGCUGAACAAGAGUCGCCCACUAGGUGCUGAAGACCUGUGGCUGAUCGAACAGGAUCUGAACCAGCAGCUACAGGCAGGCGCUGUGGCCGAGCCCCUCAGCCCAGACCCUGUGACCAACCCCCUCCUCAACCUGGACAGUCCUGACCUCUUCUUCUCCAUGGCUGGCCUCACAAGCAGCGUGGCCUCAGCAGUCUCUGAGCUCUCCCUCUCUGACGUAGACCUAAAUUCCUCCGUGCACAGCAACAUGGCCUCCCACCGACUCUCUGCCCCAGCCCACCCAGCUGGCAAGACAGCCCCAACUCCUGUUCCGGGCACCAUGCGCCCUGACUCGCUGCUGAAGAUGACCUUGGGUGGCGUGACCCUGACUUUGCUCCAGACAUCUGCCCCAGCUUCUGGACCACCUGACCUCACUACCCACUUUUUUACUGAGUUUGAUGCCACCAAGGAUGGGCCAUUUGGCUCGCGAGACUUCCAGCACCUUCGGCCACGCUUCCAGAAGGCUUGCCCCUGCAGCCAUGUCCGGCUCACGGGCACAGCUGUCCAGCUGUCCUGGGAACUGUGGGCAAGCAGCCGGGGCCGGCGGACUACCACCACAGAAUUGCACUUCGGGCAGCUGGAGGUCCUAGAGUGCCUGUGGCCCAAGGGCUCUUCAGAACCCGAAUACACAGAGAUCCUGAGUUUCCCCAGUAACCUGAGUACCCAGGCCUCAGUUCGGCCCUGUGGGCACCUACGCCAUACACAGACCCUGCGCCGGCUGCCAAAGAGCCGGGCCCGGCGCUCUGUUGCCUGCCACUGCCAUUCAGAAGUGGUCCUGGACCUGGAGGAAUUCCAGGCAGAUGUGGAACUGGGGGCUCUGGACCGAUUUGCUGCCCUGCUGCACUUGGCCACUGUACCCCACAAGCCACCCGCUGGUCUACUGACAGAGCCCCCGUGGGCUUCAGAGCAACAGACAGUGUUUCGGCUUUCUGCACCCCGGGCCACGCUGCGGCUGCGCUUCCCUAUUGCUGAUCUGAGGCCUGAGCGGGACCCCUGGGCAGGCCGGGCUGUGCGGACAGAGCAGCUGCGACUGGAACUGAGUGAGCCCCAGUUCCGGUCAGAGCUCAGCAGCGGGCCUGGCCCCCCGGUUUCCACCCGCCUGGAGCUCACCUUUUCUGACCUGCAUGGAAUCUACGAAGAUGGAGAGAAGCCACCCAUCCCUUGCCUAAGGAUUGCCAAAUCUGUGGACCCCAAGAACAUUGGGCGCAAGUACUUCCUGCCACAGGUAGUGGUGACCCUGAACCCCCAGUCCAGUGACACACAGUGGGAGACGGGUCCGGACAAGAGCGAGGACCUGGAGCUAUCCACGGAAAGUCCAUGCGAGCUACGGGAGCCUGAGCCCUCACCCUUCUCCUCUAAGAGGACCAUGUACGAGACCGAGGAGAUGGUGAUCCCUGGAGAUCCUGAGGAGAUGAGGACAUUCCAGACCCGGACGCUAGCCCUCUCCCGCUGUAGCCUGGAAGUACUCCUGCCCAGUGCGCAUGUCUUCCUGCCCAGCAAAGAGGUCUACGAAAGCAUCUACAACAGGAUCAACAAUGACCUGCUCAUGUGGGAACCCGCAGACCUGUUUCCCAGCCCUGGUCCUGCCACUCACCCCUCAGGCUUUCCAGGCUCCUCUGGCUUCUGGCAUGACAACUUCAAAAUGUGCAAGUCCGCCUUCAAGCUGGAUUCAGACUCUGAUGAAGAAGAUGUCAAGUUCUUCUCAGUAGGCGCUUCGAGUGUCCCUCAACCUCCUGCCCCUGAUCCCCCAAGACAUCACUCACAGAGUACCUUCUCUACCAUGGUGAAAGUACUGAAGGGUCGGAUCACAGCCUUCUGUGAGGCUAAGGAUGAAGAUGGGAAGCGACAGGAGGGGCGGCAUGGGGAGCUGGUACUGGAUGUGGACCAUGGCACCAUCUUCAACGUCUCCCAGUACCGUGGCCAGCCAGGGUUCGGUUACUUCUGUGUGGAAGCUGAAAAGGCAACACUGUAUCACCGAGCGGCUGUGGGCGAUGCCCUGUUGCCCAGUCACUUGGAACUGCCCAGCUUUGCCCCUCCGGCCCACCUGGCGCCCACCAUCUACCCAUCGGAGGAAGGGUUGACUGAGCGGGGAUCCUCAGGCCGGAAGGGGCAGGGCCAAGGCCAGAGCCUCCCCAUGCUGUCCGCCGCUGUGCGCAUCCACCUAGAUCCCCACAAGAACAUCAAGGAGUUCCUGGUGACGCUGCGGCUCUAUAAAGCCACCCUGCGCCACUACAUGGCCUUGCCUGAACAGAGCUGGUACUCCCAGCUGUUGGAGUUCUUGGACGUGCUGGAUGACCCCGUGCUGGGCUACCUGCCCCCAACCGUCAUCACUGUCCUGCACACACACCUGUUCUCCUGUGCUGUGGAUUACAGGCCCCUGUACCUCCCCGUGCGCGUCCUCGCUACCACUGAGACCUUCACCCUCUCCAGCAAUAUCGUCAUGGACACGUCGACCUUCCUGCUCAGGUUCAUCCUCGAUGACUCUGCCUUGUACCUGUCGGACAAGUGUGAGGUGGAGAGCCUGGAUCUGCGGCGAGAUUAUGUCUGCGUCCUUGACAUCGACCUCCUGGAGCUCGUGAUCAAAACCUGGAAGGGCAGCACCGAGGGCAAACUGAGCCAGCCGCUGUUUGAGUUGCGCUGCUCCAACAACGUGGUCCAUGUGCACAGCUGCGCCGACUCCUGCGCCCUGCUGGCCAAUCUGCUCCAGUAUGUCACAAGCUCCGGCGACCUGCACCCCCCACCCCGACCCCCUAGCCCCACGGAGAUCGCCGGCCAGAAGGUACAGCUCUCCGAGAGCCCAGCCACCCUGCCUUCAUGCCCCCCAGUGGAGACAGCCCUCAUCAACCAGCGGGACCUGACCGAUGCCCUCCUGGACACUGAACGCAGCCUGCGGGAGCUGGCCCAGCCCUCAGGUGACCCCCUUCUUCCUCAAGACUCGCCCAUUUCCGUCUACCUGUUCCCUGGUGAACGGAGUGCGGCUCGGGCUCCUUCGCCCCCUCCUGGGGGCCCUGCUGGCACCUUAGGGUCUUUCCCUGAGGGUAAGGCCCACGAGAAGGAGGAGGAGGGAGAUGGAGACACCAUGGACAGUGAUGAGUUCUGCAUCCUCGAUGCCCCUGGCCUGGGCAUUCCGCCCCGGGAUGGAGAACCCGUGGUAACGCAGCUGCAUCCAGGCCCCAUCGUCCUGCAGGACGGAUACUUCUCUCGGCCCCUGGGCAGCACAGACCUGCUGCGGGCACCUGCUCAUUUCCCGGUGCCCAGCAGCCGUGUGGUGCUACGUGAGGUUUCUCUCAUCUGGCAUCUCUACGGGGGCCGAGACUUUGGCCCCUACCCCAGCCAUAGAGCAAGAGUUGGCCUCGCAGGCCCCAGGAGUUCUCCUUCCCGCUGCUCUGGCCCCAACCGGCCUCAGAACUCGUGGCGCACACAAGGUGGCAGUGGGCGUCAGCACCAGGUUCUCAUGGAGAUCCAGCUCAGCAAGGUGAGUUUCCAGCAUGAAGUGUAUCCCGAGGAGCCGGAGCCGGAGCCAGACACAGACACGGGCACCGACACAGACAGGGCCCCUGGCCAGGAGCUGGAGGAGCGGCCGCUGUCCCGCCAGGUGCUCAUUGUGCAGGAGCUGGAGAUUCGAGACCGGCUGGCCUCCUCCCAGAUCAACAAGUUCCUGCACCUGCACACGAGCGAGCGGCUGCCCCGCCGCACACACUCCAACAUGCUCACCAUCAAAGCCCUGCACGUGGCCCCCACCACCAGCCCCGGCGGGCCUGAGUGCUGUCUCCGGGUCUCCCUGAUGCCUCUGCGGCUCAACGUGGACCAGGAUGCCCUCUUCUUCCUCAAGGACUUCUUUACCAGCCUGGUGGCUGGUAUCAACCCCAUAUUCCCAGGAGAGCCCUCUGAGGCUCGCUCUGAGACUCGAGGCCGGCCUGGCAGCCCCCAGGACGGGCAGCCGGAGGAGAUGAGCGGCUCCCAGGAGGCCUCAGGCGGCAGCCGCAGCUCCUCUGCAGAACAGCAGCCCAUCUACUUCCGGGAGUUCCGCUUCACAUCCGAGGUGCCCAUCUGUCUGGAUUACCACGGCAAGCACGUCACCAUGGACCAGGUGGGCACUUUUGCCGGGCUCCUCAUUGGCUUGGCCCAGCUCAACUGUUCGGAGCUGAAGCUCAAGCGGCUCUGCUGCCGCCACGGGCUUCUGGGGGUGGACAAGGUGCUGGGCUAUGCCCUCAACGAAUGGCUGCAGGAUAUCCGCAAGAACCAGCUGCCCGGCCUGCUGGGGGGCGUGGGCCCUAUGCACUCAGUUGUUCAGCUCUUCCAAGGGUUCCGAGACCUGCUGUGGCUGCCCAUUGAGCAGUACCGGAAGGACGGGCGCCUCAUGCGGGGACUGCAGCGCGGGGCCGCUUCCUUCGGCUCCUCCACAGCCUCUGCUGCCCUGGAACUGAGCAACCGGCUGGUCCAGGCCAUCCAGGCCACAGCUGAGACGGUAUACGACAUCCUGUCCCCGGCAGCACCCAUCUCCCGCUCCCUACAGGACAAGCGCUCUGCACAGAGGCUGCGCAAAGGCCAGCAGCCCGCUGACCUGCGGGAGGGCGUGGCCAAGGCCUAUGACACAGUUCGAGAGGGCAUCCUGGAUACAGCUCAGACCAUCUGUGAUGUGGCAGCACGUGGCCACGAGCAGAAGGGGCUGACAGGCGCCGUGGGGGGCGUGAUCCGCCAGCUGCCCCCAACGGUGGUGAAGCCAAUCAUUGUGGCCUCAGAGGCCACGUCCAACGUCCUCGGGGGCAUCCGCAACCAGAUCUUGCCCGACGCUCAUAAGGACCAUGCCCUCAAGUGGCGCUCGGAGGAGGCCCAAGACUGAGCAGGGGCACCUGGACUCCGUGGCGCACUGCCACUCCCACCCCCUCGGGCCCACAGUCACCCAAGAGCUGCGUGGCACCCACAGCUGGGCCCAGCCUGCGCCCUCCAGGGGUUGGCCACCUGCCCACCCUGCCUAUUGCCAAUCCGCUGUGAGAGUGGGGCCUGCCUGCCUGCCUUGGGGCCAUGGCCCUGUCUGUGCACUUUUCCUCUGGGGAGAAAGGACAUGACCCCCCUCCCCGCCACCUGGGCCCACACUGCUGCCUUGUUCCAGGACAGAGGCUUUGGGACCCUCGCCUCCGACCCCGCUCAGCCAAGUGUCUCUCCGUGUCCCCUUGGAAGGUGGGGGUCAGACACCCGCGUGGGUCAGUGUAUUUUUAAGCUCCUUGAGCAUUGAGCCGUGGGUCAGUGUCUGCAUGAAGUGGAAUAAACUUGCCCACCGCCAGCC